UAACUUUAAUAAUUCAACCCACAGCCAUCGUACGUCCAUAGCCGUCAUCCAUUGAUAAUUUUACUAAGAUUAUUAUUACAUCUUAGAACAAAACUCACCCAAUUCAAAAUUUGACCAACCUUCCCAUCUGACAUGGAAUUCCAAAACCCUAGCUAGCUAGAGCCUAGAUGGGACUGGGACUGGGAUUGGGAUUGGGAGCUUUGCUGCAAUCAAAAUUUUAAUUGAUUCCUUUUCAAGUAAUUCCAAGUUAAAUUAUUAUAGAGAAAAUUAGGAGGUGAAUAAAGCUUCUGCUUUUCUUUCUAGGUUUUAUCUUUCAUUUAUAUUUUGAUGAAACCCCGAAGCUUACUUGUAUACUUUACCAGAGCAACAACGAGUAUUCGGAAACACAAACCCGCGUUCCCAUUGAAAUUUUCUCACGACCUCUGCGAGAUUCACUAUGACGUCAAUGCGGAUAUUUACUCCUGUAAUAGAACCAUGAGUCGCUUCAUGAAAUCCGGGUCUUUCGAUUCUGCACUCAAACUGUUUGAUGAAAUGACUGAAAGAGAUGCUGUGACUUGGAACAUUAUGAUCUCAGGGUAUUAUCGUUACGGGUGUCUGUUUGAAUCUUUAAAUUUCUACCGUCAAAUGGUUUCUCAAGGAAUUGUUGAGAGCUCAUCCACAUUUUCAACUGUUUUGAGCAUUUGCGGCUGUGCAGGGUUCUUUAGACAAGGACUUGUAGCACAUUGCAGAGCGGUUGUUCUUGGGUUCGGCGCCAAUGUAUAUAUUGGCUCCGCCCUUGUUGACCUCUAUUUACAUAUGGGCCUCGUUGAUAUUGCUCUAAAAUUGUUUAAUGCCCUGCAAGAGAGAACCUUGGCCACUUGGAAUGUUGUUUUGCGUGCAUUCUGUGAAAUGAGAAGAUCACAGGAGCUUAUGAGAAUGUAUAACUACAUGAAAUUGGAUGGCUUGGAGCCAAAUGGGCUCACAUUUUGUUAUCUGAUUCAAGGUUGUGGUUUUGAAAGACUGGUUGAUGAAGGAAUUCAGCUUCAUUGCUGUGUCAUUAAGAAAGGCCUGGACAAUUCAAAUUUGUUUGUAGCUAAUGCAAUGGUAGACUUUUACUCUGCUUGUGGGAGUUCCAUUGACACUAGGAAGUCGUUCGAAGCUAUCCCUCCUGAGGAUGUAAUUUCAUGGAAUUCCAUGGUUUCAGUUUGUGCAGCAAAUGGUCACUUAUCCGAUGCUCUUGAAGCCUUUCAGAGAAUGCAACUUUGGGGUAAGAAGCCAUCAGUUUCUUCAUUCUUGGGAUUCUUGAAGUUAUCCAGCGUGAGAAAUAAUGUGUCGUUUGGCAGGCAAAUUCAUUGUUGCAUUUUCAAGUUGGGAUUCAAUAUUCUUCUUGUCCAAUCUUGUUUGAUCGACAUGUAUGGAAAAUGUGGGGAUAUUGAGAGCUCAGUUGCUGUAUUUGUCUCUGUUCCUGAAAGAACCCUUGAGUGUUGCAAUCCUCUCAUGACAUCCUUACAAAGAUGUGGUUUCAUAAGAGAUGUGAUCGAACUGUUUGGUUUGAUGGUGGAUGAAAACAUUGGAUAUGAUGAAGUUACUCUUUCGGUGACUCUGAAGGCACUAUCAUCAGUUUCUCUUCCAGCUGGCUCAGCUUAUAACUCCUCUUUGUUACACUGCUGUGCUAUAAAAUCAGGUUUCGAAUCAGACAUUGCAGUUGCUUGUUCUUUGAUCGAUGCGUACUCUAGAAGUGGUGAAAUCGGAGUUUCACGGCAGCUCUUCAACCAAGUUUCCAUCCCAAAUGUGAUCUGUUUCACAUCAAUGAUUGGCGCACUUGCAAGGAAUGGGAUGGGAAAGGAAUGCCUUGUGGUUCUGGACGAAAUGAUCGGAAAGGGUCUAAAACCUGACAAAGUGACAUAUUUGAGCGUGUUGAUGGGCUGUAACCAUUCGGGGCUGGUGGAAGAGGGAAGACUGCUCUUCGAUUCGAUGCAGUCGGAUCACGGCCUGGGUCCAGACAGGCAGCAUUAUUCGUGCAUGGUUGAUCUUAUGGGCCGUGCAGGUUUGCUGGACGAAGCUGAAAAACUUAUUGCAGAUAGCCCAUGGUCGGAGGAUAGUGUGAUGUGGACGUCGAUGUUGAGGAGUUGCAGGAUGUACCAGAAUGAAGCAUUGGGGAAGAGGGCGGCGAAAAUGGUGAUGGAGCUUGAGCCGGAGAAGCCGUGCAGUUGGAUACAAGCUUCCCGGUUUUAUUGUGAGAUGGGUGAUUUUGAGAGGAUGAGGGAAUGCCGCGAGAUUGCGGCGGCGAGAAGGACAGCGAGGGAUGUAGGAGGUUUGAGUUUCAUUCAAGUGCCUCCUGGCUCAAAUGGAUGGGUUUGAUUUCAUUAAUAUGAGAAACUGGUCUGGUCUGGUCUGGUCUGAGAGUAUGUAUGUGUGUGUGUGUGUAUCCUCGAUCGUAAUAAUACUACACCAGACAAGACCAAUAGACCAUAUAAUAUAGCAGCACAGACCUUUUGUCAACCAUCCCAAUUCCCAAAUUCAUUCAUUCGUUUUGAA